AUGGCUGUGGAACUCUGUCUGCUGCUGCUGCUGUUUUGUGGAAGUACUAUUUCAGAGGUACAGCCCAUAUACAAACCACCUCCUGGGACUUUGGAUUUUGGAUUUGUACCAGCCAAGACGUAUGAUACAGGUGCAUACCAUGAACCUGGGCCAAUAGGAAUUUUGUUUAAAAUAGUACAUGCAUUCCUGUACUUAGUGCAGCCAAAUUCUUUUCCUCAAGAUCUUAUCAGAAAACUAGCACAGCAGAAGUUUGGAAAUACACAGGGCGAUUAUCAAAAGCCAGAAAAUGUUGUCCUGACUCUUCAGGCCAUCUACUAUGAAAUCGGUUUUAUAGUCUCCGCAGCCUUGGGAUUGCUAUUUAUUUUGUUACUGCCUCUUGUGGGACUUUUCUUCUGUAUGUGUCGUUGCUGUGACAACUGUGGUGGGGAAAUGCAUCAAAGACAGAAGAAAAAUGCUGACUGUCAGAGGAGCUGUUUUGCAACAUUUCUUUUUGUUGCUUCUUUAAUAAUAAGUGUUGGAGUGCUCUGUGCAUACGCUGCCAAUCAGCAUUUAACUAACCAAGUCAGAGGAGCAAAGAAACUGGUUAACAGUAACUUUAAAGAUAUGAAAAUUUUCCUUAACGACACUCCAGCGCAAAUUGACUACUUGGUGAGCCAGUACAACACAACUAAGGAUAAAGCACUCUCUGACCUAAAUAACGUUGGACCUUUGCUUGGAAGCAGAGUUCAAGAACAGCUGGGAAAAGAAGUACGUCCCGCACUUGAUGCGGCUCUGACAAUGGCAGGAGCCAUCAGAGAAACGAAGGAAGCACUGGAAAAUGUGAGCGUCUCUGUAGAAGUUUUGCAAGAGGGAACAGAGAGGCUUCAUGCAAACUUGACAGAUGUUAAAAUGCAGCUAAGCAAUACCCUCAAUGAUUCUGCAUGCUCUGCAGCUCAGGCUGCCUCAACUUGCAAUAUUAUCAGGAAUUCAUUAAAUCAACUGAACAUCAAUGCCAAUUUUAGUGGGUUGCCAGGAGUGAGCUCACAGCUUGCCAAGGUCAAUGAUGUCCUUAAAAUAGACCUUUCUAGUCUGGUUCAAAAGGGUUAUGCAGCAUUUAAUGAUACUCCAGACUUAGUGGUGAAUCAAACAAGAAACAUUUUAUCAGCUGUUCCCUAUAUCAAAAGCGUGCUGGAAUCCGUUGGUUCAAAUAUCACUACCUUCACAAAAACACUCCCUGUUCAGAAGAUUUUAACAGAUUUGAUGGUAUAUCUUACACAGAGUGAAUCAUACGUUCAAGAUUAUUUUCCAGUAGUGGAGCAGUAUGAUUUCUACAGGUGGCUCGGUUGUCUCAUUCUGUGCUGCAUGCUGGUCCUGAUUCUGGUCUUUUACUAUCUUGGACUGCUAUGUGGCACCUGUGGUUAUGAUAAGCAUGCUUCUCCAACAACCAGAGGCUGCAUCUCCAACACUGGAGGAAACUUUCUUAUGGCUGGUGUUGGAUUCAGUUUUCUUUUCUCCUGGGUGCUGAUGAUUGUAGUGGUGCUCACUUUUGUCACAGGUGGAAAUGUAGAAAAACUGGUCUGUGAGCCCUUUGAAGAUAAAACUUUAUUCAAGGUUUUGGAUACUCCCUACUUACUAAAUCAACACUGGAAAAACUAUCUUUCUGGCAUUCUGUUUAAAAAUCCGAAUAUUAACUUGACUUUUGAGAAAGUGUACAGUGAUUGCAAGGAAAACAAAGGAAUUUAUACUUCCCUUCACCUAGAACACCUGUUCAAUAUCAAUGAAUUUCUAAAUAUUAGUAUGUAUACAGAAGAUGUAGCACUUAAAAUUGAACAUAUUCAGAUAAACCUCAGCAAAAUCAUUCUGCUGGAUGAAAUUGGGAAGGAGAAUCUUCUGAAUUUCAGCUCUUCAGGAAUAGAAGGGAUAAACUUUGCAGCAUAUUUGACCGAGAUCAAUAAAAGUGUUACCAAGGUUGAUCUUCUGUCAUUUGCUAAUGACUUAGAAGCAAGAGCAGACCAGCUGCCAAAAGGAGCACUGGAAAAUGCCUUAAAAGGACAUGCAAACAACAUCCGAAUGAUUCAUAACCAGCAAGUCGUUCCACUAGAGCAAGCUAUGAGCACUUUAAAUCAGAGCAUUAGGUUACUGAAGAGGACAUCAUCUGAACUUAUGCUUAAGGUGAAAAAUGUCAUUGGUGCUGUUAAUGCUGCCCAGCUUCUCAUAAAUAACAAUGCUUCUCUAGUUAUUGUCCAGGAGACAAAAAAGUACAUGGAUACCAUAGUUGGCUACUUUGAGCAAUACAUUGAGUGGGUCAAGGAGUCGAUUGCCAUGGAGGUAGCAGCAUGCAAGCCUAUUGCCAAUGUGAUAGAUACAGCAGUAGAUAUUUUUUUAUGCAGCUAUAUAACUGAUUCUGUGAAUACCUUCUGGUUUGGUUUGGGAGGCUCUGCAAUAUUUUUAAUUCCUGCCAUAAUUUUUGCUGUAAAACUCUCCAAAUACUAUCGUAGAAUGGAUACAGAGGAUGUAUAUGAUGAUACAGAAAAUGGUAAUAAUGGUUAUCAUAAAGAGCAUUUAUAUGGUAUACACAAUCCUGUUUUUACAAGCUCUGUGGAACAGUGGUAA